AUGGUCCAUUUGGAUCCUAAAUCUAAUCCAUACCUAACGGCUGAUGCAAUUGGAGCUGUUUAUGUUCGCCCUAUGCGAAAUUUAAAAAAUCAUUAUCUGUUUACCUUAAAUACAAGUAACGCUAGUAAUAAUACACUGAAAAAAAGAAAUACCGAGCUUGGCAUUUUAAAUUUCGAAGAGCAAAUCCCAAGAUGGCGAUACAAGCGUGAAGAGUCCGGAGACGCUAUAGAAUUGCUGGAGGAAUUUCGUGAUCAUUUUCAUUUAGUUGAUCCACUUUUAUCGGAUCAAUGGCACAUUCUUAAUUAUGAAAUACCUGGUCAUGACUUAAACCUGCGAGAAGUAUGGGACGCUGGUAUUUUAGGAGAUAAUGUAACGGUGGCUUUCGUUGAUGAUGGUAUAGAUUUUCGUCAUCCAGAUCUGCAAGCAGCUUACUCUUCUCUUGGCUCUUGGGAUUUCAAUGAUAAUAUGGCUGACCCGUUACCAAAAUUAUCUGAUGACCUGCAUGGUACGCGGUGUGCAGGAGAAGUCGCAGGUGCUUGGAAUGAUGUUUGUGGUGUAGGAAUUGCACCAAAAGCCAAAGUAGCUGGUUUGCGCAUUCUCUCGGCUCCCAUUAAUGAUGUGGUUGAGUCAGAAGCGUUAAAUUACGGGUUUCAGACGAAUCACAUAUAUUCAUGUUCAUGGGGUCCUGCGGAUGAUGGAAGAGCCAUGGAAGCACCUCGUUUGGCUACAAGGCGUGCGCUUAUAAACGGUAUCAUUAAUGGAAGAAAUGGUCUGGGCUCUGUGUUUGUCUUCGCCUCCGGAAAUGGUGGUCAUUAUCGUGACAACUGUAAUUUUGAUGGUUAUACGAAUAGUAUAUUCAGUAUCACUGUGGGUGCUGUUGAUAUGGAGCAUCAAGUUCCUUUUUAUAGUGAAACAUGUGCUGCCCAACUCAUUUCUGCAUAUAGCAGCGGUUCUCGCCGCUCAAUUGCGACGACAAAUCCAGAGGGAACUUGUACCAAAAGUCAUGGUGGAACGUCUGCGGCUGCUCCGCUUGCUUCAGCAGUUUAUGCUUUGGCGUUAUCAAUUCGACCAGAUUUGACUUGGAGAGAUAUACAGCAUAUUACUGUGCAUUCAGCAGUCCCAUUUGAUGUUUCUCCUGAUUUCGAAUGGACAAAGACUCCUGCUGGAUUUCAAUUUUCCCAUAAUUUUGGUUUUGGAAAGCUCGAUGCAAAACGAUUUAUUGACAUUGCAAGCGAAUGGCAGCUUGUGAAUCCUCAAACCUGGGUUAUAAGUCCAUUUAUUACGGUCAACAAGCCCAUAAAUAAAGCUGAAAACUCAUCCGACAGUGAGUUGAUUAGUGAGUACUCAGUAACUGAAGAAAUGCUUGAAAAAAGCAAUAUCAAAGGUUUGGAACAGAUUACCGUUAAAGUUUCAAUUCCAUUCACCUGCAGAGGUGCAAUGACAAUUGAACUGGAAAGUCCUGCUGGUAUUCGGUCCAUGCUGGCUACUCUUCGUCCUUACGAUCAGAAUAACGAAGGAUUUCCUGAAUGGACGUUUAUGACUGUUCAGCAUUGGUCAGAACCCAUCUUGGGCAAUUGGAAGCUAAUCGUCCGUGAUCACAGCAAUGGCUGUUCCGGACGUUUCAAUUAUUGGCAAUUGGCAUUUUGGGGUGAAUCUCAAGAUCCCUCUUUGACUAUACCUAUCCCGUAUGACACGUUAAGUCUUCCCCCAGAAGGUGCGCUAGGUACGUUUACAGAGAAACAGUUAAACACAACGACUACUGAAUCUGUCCCGUCAUCCACUUCCUUUACUUCCCAAACAGUCUUUCCUACUUCUAUUUCUACUUCCACCAGCUCAAGACCUGUCACUAUUCCAUCUUUCACCCCUUCUGUACCAUUCGUUUUGGAAACAUCCUAUAGAGAGAUGCUUGCUUUCACAAUGUUUUUCCUUCUACUUGCAUUUGUCUUAUGUUCCGUAAUAUGGGUUUGGAUUUGUUCAUUUUUUAAUAUGGCCCCGGUUCCAAUGCCUACUCAAGAAAUACCAGUCGUCUAA